AUGGUAACUAGUGCAGAUUUACGUUGUUUGGGUUCAGCAGAAUUUGCUGUAGUCACUGUAAUUGCAAAUGUUGAAAGCAGCAAUGUAAGUGCUUUGCCAGCAACGAACAUGUUAGGAGAGUUUUCAAAGUUGUUGUCGUUGAAUCAUCCUCAUCUAUGUAGAUAUGUGGAUUUUGUUCGUUCAACUACGCUGGAAAACGCUGGGUUUGUCGUUUCAGAGUAUUACCCUCGUUCGGUUGUUGAUGAAUUAAAAGAAUGUAAAAAGUUUAACUCUCUUCGAAUCCUUUUUCUGUUACAACCAGUCUUAUCAGCUUUUGCUUACUUACAUUCUCGACAUGUUGUUGUUGGCAACUUCAAUUUAAACUCCAUUCUUUUACCAUCCGAGAAAGCUGUGCGCAUAGCCCAUUAUGGCCUACAUGGUAUUUUUGGCUGUGGAAAGAGUACAGGGCAUCACAUUUGUUCUCCAUGGCAUCUUCCGCCAGAAUGUUUUUUGGAAACUGAAGUCAAGAAUGGUGUCAUUUCUCGAGCAGGAGAUAUCUGGUCAUUAGGAAUUGCUGUGCUUGAACUUUCAAUUGGUUGUGUUUUAUCAGAAAUAUGGUCUGCAGAUCAGUUUUAUCUUGUGCUAAAAUCUCUAAUUAAAGAAAAAAAGCGUGGUUCGAUUUUUCAUUUGCUGUUAAAAGAAAUUCAGCGCAAAAAACCUUUUCUUCACAUCGUCACAGAUAACAUAAUCAUAAUAAUACUUGAAAAUGCCUUAUCUAUUCUUCCAUCGCAUCGGCCAACAUCAAAACAAUUACUCUCUAUAAUACUAGAUGAUGAUGGUUGCGAGUGGGACGUUUGUAAAGAUCAUUUCUUGUUUGAUGACUGUACACAGAAAAGUAAUGACAUUACUCUGCAUGAAAGCAUUGAAAGCAUGAAAGAAAAGAUUGGGAAGCAGAUAAAUAUGGUGCAUAAUUUGCCGAUAAAUGAAGCUUUUUUUUUAUGGCAGCUGUGUGGAAGCAGCGUUGAAACUAUUCUUAUCAAUCAUAGUAUCGUAAAAGCUAAUUCAUUCAUACUUACUUUACCAUAUUUAGUUGAUGGAGAUUGUUGCUUGUAUGGUAAUUCUUCUUUGAGAAACUAUGGAAUCACAUCUGACAUGUUUAUCCUUCCUUCAACUAAUUUCCGUGAUAGAAUGAGUUCGCUUGAAAAAAAAGUAUUCCUCACAUCUUUUGAAAAAGAGGACCAAGAAAAUGAAGUUCAUGAUCAUACUUUUCCGGCUCGACGAAUGCUCAUUCUCCGUCGUUUAUUGUUGAGUUAUCCAUUCAAAAAGUCUCUGAUAUUUGGUGAAUGUCAUCAUGACAUACCCCCCUUAUAUAGGGCAAAUGUAUGGAGUGCGCUGCUGAGUAUUAAUGGAGAUCUUGAAAAACGUUUCUUAUCUGUUGAUACAUUUUCUCCUCACGCUUCUGAUCGCCAAUUACUGGUCGAUAUUCCUCGUUGCCAUCAGUAUGAUGACUUAAUGGCUUCAACUGCUGCACAUCGCAAGCUAAAACGCUUGUUGAAAGCUUGGCUUUUGCUGCACAAAAAUUACGUGUAUUGGCAAGGUUUAGACUCCUUAACUGCUCCAUUUCUCGUACUCAAUUUUUCUCGUCUAGAAUAUUUGGCGGUUUUUUAUCACCUUUUGGCAUUUAUGGAUGCGCCAUUGUAUGUGCACCUGUCCAGAAUGGAUUUUCGUCCUGAGUUGUUUGCUAUCCCAUGGUUUCUUACUUGUUUUGCUCACAUAUUGCCUCUUCAUAAACUGUUUCAUGUUUGGGAUGCUUUAUUGUUGUCCGAUUCGUCUUUUCCACUAUUCGUUGGAAUAUCCAUCAUGGAACAGUUGCGAACUAGACUCAUUACUUCCCAUUUUAAUGACGCAAUUUUGCUUUUUUCUGAUCUUCCAGAUAUAAAUAUGGAACGUUUGGUGCAAAACUCAUUGAAUUACUACCAUGAUGUGCCAUCAUCAUGCACCUUCAGACAGCAUGCAUCGAAACAUGUUCGAGAAGAAUACAUUAUGAAACAUUAUAGCUUAACUGAAUUGUCUACAUUUUGUUGCCCUCGGAUAUCAGCCGUUGAUGUAAGACGUCUUACUCAACAUUCAUCAUUGUUAGUUAUUGAUGUUCGUCCGCAGUAUGAGUAUUCUCGAGGUGCUAUUGUAGGGAGUGUGAAUUUACCUGCGUAUAGUGAAGAUGAUACACUGGAUAUUAUUAAGACAGCAUUAUUGAACGCGCAGUCUGUUGGUCAUGUUAUUGUGAUUGUUGAUAAUGAGCAUUUGCAGAGAGCAAAGAAGAUAUCGAGUUUGUGCGUGCUUGAAGGUUACAAUCGCGUGUGUAUUUUGGAUGGUGGCGUUCAAAAGGUACGCUCUAUGCAUGAUAUUUUUCAUAUUCCUAACUGA